AAAAAUAAGUAAAAUCAUGUAAAUGUGUUUGUAGAAACAUUUACAUUUGAUGAAUUCUCAGUAUUUAAUUAUUUCUACACCCAAAUUCACUUCCGGUUUUGUGUUUGCUUUGUGCUCUUGAACGCGACUUAAGAUUCAAUUGAGCCUGUUUAUUCAGUGAAGAACCAUAAAAUUAAACUAAUGUCUGGCGUAGAUAACUUUGUUUCACUAUUUUAUAAAUCAUUAACUCAUUUUUGGCUUUAGCAACCGUGUACUCCCACAUCCAGGCAGACGCGCAAAACUCGGCAUACCCGUCGUUGGAGUGACCGAGUUAGCUCCUUCCUCGUACAUUCGUGCUUUAAAAUUCUAUCAACAUGUCUGGAAAAUUUUUCUCCCGCAUGGGCAGCACUUUACUGAAGAUGAACUCCGCUGCAAAACGCACAGGAAUGAGAGGAACGAGUCGCCUUUACUGGACUACUAUCCGGAGGAUUGCGGACUCUUUGAAUAACGGACGUGCCGCCCUCCUCCUCGGCCUCCCCGUGCUCUCCGCUCUGAGCUAUGAAGCUGGUUGCAGGUUUCACGUCUCUGCUCUCGUCUGCGCCUUAGAGAAAGAUGAGAUUUUGGAGCAGGCGGACUACCUGUACAGCUGUGCAGAGACAGAGAAGCUCUAUGAGCUGCUGGUGAAGUACAAAGACAGCGAUGAAGCAGAGUUCCUGUGGCGGCUGGCCCGGGCGUCCCGUGAACUGUCCCUCCUCCCAGAUACCGACCCCCAACGGAAGACGCAGUUGACCUUCGAGGCCUUUGAGUUUGCAAAGAAGGCUCUGGAAAGAGACGACGCCAACUUUGCCGUACACAAAUGGUACGCCAUUUGCCUGAGCGAUAUUGGGGACUGUCAAGGGGUCAAGGCGAAAAUCGGGAAUUCGUUCCUCAUUAGAGAGCAUCUGGAGGUGAGAUGGUUUAGGUCAGAGCUGUGCAGAGAUACAGACACAUUUUUGGACUGUGAUGAUUUUUUUUUUGUUUUUAUUUCACAGAAAGCCAUCCAGCUGAAUCCCAAAGAUGCCACCUCCAUGCACAUCUUAGGUUACUGGUGUUUUGCUUUCGCUGAGCUGCCGUGGUAUCAGCGCAAAGUAGCUGCUGUGAUCUUCGCAACCCCUCCUACAUCCACGUUUGAGGAGGCUUUGGAGUUUUUUCUGAAAGCUGAAGAAGUCGACCCAAACUUCUACAGCAAAAACCUGCUGAUGUUGGGGAAGACCUACAUGGCCAUGAAAGAUGGUCAGAACGCGCUGCUGUGGCUCACCAAAGCCAAAGAGUACCCCGCCCACACGCUGGAGGACAAACAGGUCCUGAAAGAAGCGGAGGAGCUCCUGAAGAAGCUGGGAUGAAGGGAGUGGAGCGUGAGGCCUUCCAGGACCGUAAACAUCUACGAAUGAUUUUAGAACUGUACAUGUGACCUUUAUGCCUUAAGAGGAAAAUACAGUGUAAGAUUGUCUAGUUUGUUGUUAUAAUUAAUAUAUAAUUAUUUAAGCUAAAAACAGUAAAACCUAAUAAGUCAGAUUUUAAGAGCUUUUCCCACUUAAGAGGAUUCAGUCUUUACAAACAACCCAAGUUUGAAUUUAGACAUGAAAUAUUAACCUUUUUUGGGGGAUUCUAUAAUUGGUAAAAAAAAUAAUUUGAGAUAGUUUAAAGUCCCGCUCCGAUCAUCUUUUUAUCUAUUUUAAGAGCAUUCCCAGUGGUCUUUUAAUUAUUUAUUAAAAAUUGACUACUUUUCGCCAAAAUCUAAAAAUCUGUUGUUUUCUAGGACAUAGUUUCUAUAAAACAGCAGGAGUUCAUUAGAAAUUUGCCUCUGAGUUGUGGGUGGGACUGUGGGCUCACAGCCAACCUGCCCUCCUUCCUCUGCCCAUUGUUGAAAGCUCAGAACAGGGAGCUUGUGGUAUUUUCUUCAUAAUAAAUAAGCUCAUUUUCAGACAAAAUUUUAUCCGUCUGCACCUAAUUAACCUCAAUUUAAAUAAAGUAAUACUUAGAAGUUCAAUGUUAAUUUAUGUUCUCCAUCAUCAGAAAAAUGCCACAAGAACCCAUUAAAAACACCCUUUUCAUUGAACUCAAAACUGGUUUAAUUUUUUAUGUCAUGUGGACUUAUUAUCAGGAUCAGUAUGUAGCUUUCUAAAAACUGUGAUAAAAUACUUAUAUUAAAAAAUAAUACAAUCCCAAUCUAAGUUUACAAAAACUGGGAUUUUGACUCUUUAAAAGGCCAGUACGUAUACAGCUUCAAUGUUUGAGAUUUUCUUUUUGUUUAAUGAAAAAUUAAUUUAGUUGCUAACCAUUUAGUCAUAAUGAAAACACUAUAAAAUUAGCAGGACGACCUUUGAUAAGCCUUCUUGGCGACUCCCUAAAAGGAAUUGGAAAUAUUUCUGUAAAUUUCAGAGGAAAUGUCGCCAUCUGGUGUUCAAAUUAAAGAAUUGCAACGCAUUCUUGAAUAUAUUGGAUUCUUUUUACAGUUGUGUAAUUGCCAUGAAAUCAUUAAUAAUUUCACAUAUUCUUAGAAAGAAAUGGUUGUCAUUUUUUAAUCUGUUAAUUUAUCUAACAUUUUGCAAAAUGAAAUAUCUGACAAUUUUGAGUGGAAUUCAAUAAAAAAAAGAGAAAUUCUGCUUUACUGAUGUUUUGGUGAGAUUCUUCUAACAAUAAGUACAUAAAAUUUUGGGGUUUAUUAUUAUAACUAUGAAUUACAAUGAACUCACUCUUAAGAAUUCUUGAAUAGCUUUUUUUUUUUUGAACAGAAAAACUCCACAAAUGAGUGAAGUACACAGGUGUAACACAAAGACAGCACAGCCAAUGAGGGAUUUUCUUUUAUUAAUAAUAUCUAUCUCAUAAAUCCAUCUUCCCCCAUUAAAAAUGGGUGAAAGCAGAUUAAAAAUGAAUCUUCUAUACACAUCGUCUCCAGUAAAGGGGCAUUCUGUACAGUGUAGUUGGUGUUUACAGUGUGUAUCUACACGUGAUAUGUUACAGGUCGGAUGCGUUUCAGAUGGCCCGGCGCUUCCGUAGGACAGUCCGUUUCCCGACUGCAGUGAAGGCCACCUGAAACCAUCCGACUGCUUCUGAUACGGACAAAAGGCAUCACAGAUUUCCAUCAGCUGGGCGGCGGGCGGGCUCUGUGAUAUUAGUUAUACCAUGUAAGUUCUUCAUUUACAGUCGUCUCCAUACGAUAAGAUAUUCACAAACACGGAUGAUUUUUUUUUUUUUUUGAAUGAGGGACUGGAAAGGAAGCACAGACGUUUUUAAAGGUUCCUCUCCACUGGCAUGUGUUAGCUUCAGAAACGGAGAGUUUUUAGAGUCUGAGACCGGCAAAAGGAUUGAAUCCUGAUGGGAAUUUAGGAGAGGGGUUUAGAGAUUAUCUUUGGUUGGUUCCGUAAUUUGGAGCCAACUUUUGUUUUGUAAAGAAAAAAAAAAAAA